AUGUUUUCAGAUACCUGCGGGGGAAAUGGGGCCAAUCGACCCUGCAAUAUGAAAACUCGUCAGAACAAAGACUCAGUGAGUAUGAGCAUGCAUACUAUUCACACUCAGUGAAAGACCCAGGUACUGUGUAAGAUUAAAGACAGAACAAGAUCUAGACACAAACAACACAUCAUAGAUAUAGUGAAGCGUAGACCCAAAAACCACAUAAGAAACAGAGCUAGGCUCAGACCCAAACACCAAGUCAGAGACAGAGCUAGGCUCAGACCCAAACACCAAGUCAGAGACAGAGCUAGGCUCAGACCCAAACACCAAGUCAGAGACAGAGCUAGGCUCUGACCCAAACACCAAGCCAGAGACAGAGCUAGGCUCAGACCCAAACACCAAGCCAGAGACAGAGCUAGGCUCAAACCCAAACACCAAGUCAGAGACAGAGCUAGGCUCAAACCCAAACACAAUGUCAGAGACAGAGCUAGGCCCAGACCUAAACACCAAGCCAGAGACAGAGCUACGCCCAGACCCAAAUACCAUGUCAGAGACAGAGCUACGCCCAGACCCAAACACAAUGUCAGAGACAGAGCUACGCCCAGACCCAAACACCAAGCCAGAGACAGAGCUACGCCCAGACCCAAACACCAUGUCAGAGACAGACCUAGGCUCAGACCCAAACACCAAGCCAGAGACAGAGCUAGGCUCAAACCCAAACACCAAGUCAGAGACAGAGCUAGGCCCAGACCCAAACACCAAGUCAGAGGCAGAGCUAGGCCCAGACCCAAACACCAUGUCAGAGACAGACCUAGGCUCAGACCCAAACACCAAGUUAGAGACAGAGCUAGGCCCAGACCCAACCACAAUGUCAGAGACAGAGCUAGGCCCAGACCCAAACACCAAGUCAGAGACAGUGCUAGGCCCAGAUCCAAACUUUAAGUCAGAGACAGAGCUAGGCUCAAACCCAAACACCAAGUCAGAGACAGAGCUAGGCUCAAACCCAAACACAAUGUCAGAGACAGAGCUAGGCCCAGACCCAAACACCAAGCCAGAGACACAGCUACGCCCAGACCCAAAAACCACAUAAGAAACAGAGCUAGGCUCAGACCCAAACACCAAGUCAAAGAAAGAGCUAGGCCCAGAUCCAAACACCAAGCAGGAGACAGAGCUAGGCCCAGACCCAAACACCAAGUCAGAGACAGAGCUAGGCUCAGACCCACACACCAAGCCAGAGACAGAGCUAGGCUCAAACCCAAACACCAAGCUAGAGACAGAGCUAGACUCAAACCCAAACACCAAGUCAGAGACAGAGCUAGGCUCAAACCCAAACACAAUGUCAGAGACAGAGCUAGGCCCAGACCCAAACACCAAGCCAGAGACAGAGCUACGCCCAGACCCAAACACAAUGUCAGAGACAGAGCUACGCCCAGACCCAAACACCAAGCCAGAGACAGAGCUAGGAGCAGACCCAAACACCAAGUCAGAGACAGAGCUAGGCCCAGACCCAAACACCAAGCCAGAGACAGAGCUAGGCUCAAACCCAAACACCAAGUCAGAGACAGAGCUAGGCUCAAACCCAAACACCAAGCCAGAGACAGAGCUAGGCCCAGACCAAAACACCAAGUCAGAGACAGAGCUAGGCUCAGACCCAAACACUAAGUCAGAGGCAGAGCUAGGCUCAGACCCAAACUCCACGUCAGAGACAGAGCGAGGCCCAGACCCAAACACCAUGUCAGAGACAGAGCUAGGCCCAGACAAAACACCAAGUCAGAGACAGAGCUAGGCCCAGACCCAAACACCAAGUCAGGGACAGAGCUAGGCCCAGACCCAAACACCAAGUCAGAGACAGAGCUACGCCCAGACCCAAACACCAAGUCAGAGACAGGGCUAUGCCCAGACCCAAACACCAAGUCAGAGAGAGAGAGAGCUAGGCCCAGACCCAAACACAAAGUUAGAGACAGAGUUUGGCCCAGACCCAAACACCAAGUCAGAGACAGAGCUAGGCCCAGACCCAAACACCAAGUCAGAGACAGAGCUACGCCCAGACCCAAACACCAAGUCAGAGACAGAGCUAUGCCCAGACCCAAACACCAAGUCAGAGAGAGAGAGCAAGACCCAGACCCAAACACCAAGUCAGAGAGAGAGAGCAAGGCCCAGACCCAAACACAAAAUUAUAGACAGAGUUUGGCCCAGACCCAAACACAAAGUUAGAGAGAGAGCUAGGCCCAGACCCAAACACCAAGUCAGAGACAGAGCUACGCCCAGACCCAAACACGAAGUCAGAGACAGAGCUAUGCCCAGACCCAAACACCAAGUCAGAGAGAGAGAGAGCAAGGCCCAGACCCAAACACCAAGUCAGAGAGAGAGAGCAAGGCCCAGACCCAAACACCAAGUCAGAGAGAGAGAGCAAGGCCCAGACCCAAACACAAAGUUAUAGACAGAGUUUGGCCCAGACCCAAACACCAAGUCGGAGAGAGAGCUAGGCCCAGACCCAAACACUAAGUUAGAGAGAGAGAGCUAGGCUCAGACCCAAACACAGUUAGGGAUCAAGUUCCAGACCCAAAUAGUUUGAUAUACCAGUUAGAGUUAAAAACAUACCUGACCUCAGAUCCAGACACUGUGAGUCAGUGGCAAUCAAAGCUGGAAUCAGAACUGUGACAUCACACAAAACCCCAGAGACAUAGCAGGUCAUAGACUCAAACAUUGUGACAUCAUCACACAGUGAGUCAGAGAUAGAGCUGUGUAGAUACCCAAACACUGUGUGUCAGAGACGGAACUCUUCAGUACAGUCAUUAAAUCUGGUAUAGGAAUGUGUUUCACAGCUACAGUCAGUUGGAUAUUGGAAUACAUAUGAUUUUCUAUCUCUAAAACAGGAUGUGGUCACAGGCCAUGGAUAAAAAUAAGGAGAUGCAGAGAUAAAGGAAUUUAUUCACUAAAGAGCUGCAAUAAAUUGACAUUUUAAAAAAUGUAAGCCAACAUAAGCAUGGAAAUAUCCACCAAUUUAUCAAGAUUUUUUCUUUGUUUUCCACACCUGUUUUCCAGUUCAGCAAAAUUCCAUUUGCAGUGAAUAAAUCCCUUGUUGUCAUACUUUGAGUUAUCCUAGACUAGAUGUAGCUUCUGGAGUGCAUGACCCCUGUACCAGUAGCUACAGCCCCGUCUCUAUGUAGGGAGAUCUGCAUAGUGGUAUGGGUUGGAGAGUCUUGGCCACUUUGGCACGAAGUAGAAUAGUUUGAGAGAAAUGAAUGUAGACAAAUGAAAUGAAACCAAGGAUCCUGGUGGAGUCAUGAACCUCACAGUGCUGAUGCUGGAAAGUGCAAUUUUCAAAAAACAAAGAAUAGGAAUUUCAAGAAUAGAAAGUUUCAAUAGAGGAUUCUCCACUCACCAUAGGUUGUUACACAUACAAUGGUAUGAGAUUGAUCACUUGAAUGGAAUGAGAUUUAUAAUAACCUGUAGAGCAAAUUUCAUCUAUAUGUAGUGUGUUAAAGAAGUCCUGGGCACAGUGUGCAUGGAUAAGCUUACACAGAAGCACAUGAAAAUUUUCCUCCAUGAUGUUUGAUUUGUCUUCCUGGGAAGAUGUCAAUGAGGAGCGGUAGGAGAAAGGAGAGUGUGGGCCCCCGGGAGGAACGCAGAGCAAGGGGACGAGCCUCACCUGGAGCAAUCAGCACUUCGAGUAGUGACAGCAAAAGUGAGAAAGCAAGGCCAAGUGGAAAGGUGAUGGUAAGUAUAGGAGAGUAAACUGGGAAGAAAGACCGUAGCUGGGUAGAAGCACAGGAGAGCAAACCUAUGGGAAGAACAAAGUAGGUGGGAGAGGUGGGUGGUGAAGGAAUUAAAAAGGUGACCAUAGAACUAGGAGAGGAAAUGGUGAGGGAGAAGGGUGGUCUUUGUACUGACAUGAUGGUGGUGAUUAUUUCAUUGAUAAGGUUAGUCAGUGCUGAGGAAUGGAUGUUAAUGGACCUUAGAGGUAAUUAGGAGAAGGUGCUAUAGGAGUUGGUAAAGGGGUGUAUUGAAGUUAGGUAAGAAGUAAAGAGAGCUACCUGGAGCUUGAAAUAGGUUGCUAAAAGAACUAGGGAUGUAGUAGUGAUACAAUUUAGGGAGGGGAAUGUGAUAGAGAAGAGGUGCUAAUAGAUAUAGUGGUGGGGUGUUGGUAAUGAUUUUGGAGAUGGGAUGAUAAUAGAGCUAGGAAGAUGGGAUGGUGAUAGAAUUUAGCAAGGAGUUGCUUAUAGAGCUAAGGAUAGGAUGGUGAUAAAGCUAUGGAGCAUAUGCCAUUUGGAUCAAGAUGAUUUUAGAGCUACAGUACCAAAUGAGCCAGUACCAAAUAAGAGGUGGUGAUUGAGCCAGGGGUGGAAUGUUAGUGCCGUUUCACAAGUAUGUGGUGAUAGAGUUAGAGAUAGAAUGUUGGUGCAAUUUGAUAAGGAGGUGGUGAUAGAGCCAGGGGUGGAAUGUUAGUGCAGUUUUACGAGGAGGUGGUGAUAGAGCCAGGGGUGGGGUGUUGAUUCAGUUUGAUGAGGAUUUGGUGAUUUAGCUAGGGAUGAGAUCAUGGUGCAGUUUGAUGAGGAGGUGGUGAUAAAGCUAGGUUCAAGUUGAUAGUGAUAGAGCUUGAUGAUGAGGUGAUAAUAGAGUUCUUGGUUCAGUUUGGCAAUGGGGUGCUGAUAGAGCUAGGGAGGUGAUGGGUUUUAGGGAAGGAGUUAGGAAUAUGCUGGUGAUGCGAUUUGGUAAGUGGGUUGGUAACAGAACUGGUGAGCUGGCUGUUAUGGAGAUGGAAGAGAGAAUACAGGUAAAGUUGGGGGUAGGUAGUAAUGGUUUUGGGGUGAGGUAGUGGGGAUUGAAGAUUGGUUGGUGAUGAAUCUUCAAGCUAACAAUUGUAACACUGCUUAAAAACAAAAUGGUUGAUGGAGCUGCCAGUGUGGAAUAAAAGAAAAAUGUGAUUUUGAUUUUUCUUUCCCCUCAUAGAAGGGACGGAUGGAUGAUUCUGUAUCUAAGAGCAGUAAACGAGACAGAGUAAAAGAUUCAUCUGAGAGUGAGGGAGAAGCAGAGAAAACCGAAAAGAAAGUAAAGAUGGAGGUAAGGUUCUCAUUCGUAUAAGGAGAAGAUUACUAGAAUGUAAAAAAGUUAUUUACUCCAUCAAAUGUUUCACAUUGACAUGAAAAUCCAUUCAGAAUAAGUGCCAGAAUUCCAUGUAGGAUGAGAAAUCAGGAUGGUCAGAAAUGAAGGCUGAAAGUGACCCUAUCUUAUAAUUUACGAUUAAUUUAUGAUAUAUGUACUUAAUGAACAUGUGCAGUAUAUGGAUAUACUAUAAGGACAGUUCAACUACAGCUCCCUUGUUUGCUUCCCGGUGACAACAAUUAUUUUGGAGAAACACUGCAGAUUAUGGCCUUAAUUUUAAUACCUUUUCAUACGCUUUUCAAAUGAUUUAAUAUGUUUGUAUAUAUAUAUAUUUUAUUUCAUAUUAAUUUCAAAAAUGUUCAAAUUGCGAAAAUUAUAUUGUACAUAAAUUAUAUCAGUUUAUCAAAAAAUAUUUUUUUAAAUAUUAAAUCAUUUGAAGAGCUUGUCCAAAAAUAUUCAGGCCUAGGUUUGAGGAGCAAAACUACAACUAAUUAGCUAAGCCAAAAGCUAGCAUUUGCUUUGUCUUUUGAAGAACGCUUAAUAUUAGUGCAUGUAACCUCUAUAUGUAACCUCUAUAAUAUAUUCUUUUGUUUCAUAUUGCAGUCGCUAUAACUCACCAUAUUGACCCAUUUAAUUCCUCUUAAAAAAUGCACCCUAAUCAUAAAUUCCUCUGUUAUUUAGUGUUAACCCUUUGUAUAACUUAUUGGGUUACUACAUGUUACAGCUCCUCAUAACUCCUGCUGUUACUCCAUGCUAUACCUCCCUAUAACUCCGCCUGUUACUCCAUGUUAUACCUCUCCAUAACUCUGCCUUUUACUCCAUGUUACACCUCCCUAUAAUGCCUCCUGUUACUCCAUGUUACACCUCCCUAUAACGCCUCCUGUUACUCCAUGUUAUGUGCCUUAUGCUUCUUUAUAGCUCUUUACUGUACUUAAUAUCAUGAUUUCCUAUGAAUCCUAAUGUUGCUUCACAUCACCAUUCCCUAUAAAACCUCUUCUACUGCCCAUUUGUUUAAAGUAAACUUUCUUAAUAAAAUAAUAGAGUGCAUGUGUAGUAAUCUAUAAACACACACUUUCUUUGCAGUCUCCUGAGGUCCCACGUCCCCCACCAGAUGAGGAAAGCCUGGAUGGCCAGAGCUGUAAUGAGGAUGGUGGCAGCGACCCACGUGACAUUGACCAGGAUAACCGUAGCACAUCUCCAAGUCUGCACAGUGGAGAUAGCGAGAGUGAUGCCUCUUCUGUUCCAUCCCCAAAAUCCUUCCCAUCUUUAUACAGGGGGCCUAACUCACCUCAGCCCCCAAACUCGCCAAUUCCCGAGGUUCCUAUUCUGCCACCCACCUCUCAAACCCCACAACCAGUUUCACAAAAUGAACUUCCAACUGCCCGAAGCUAUCAAGCCCCACACCUUCCACAACUAUAUCCCAGCAACAGUGGGGUUGUGAAAGCUGGGCCUCAACAACCUGCGCAGGCAAAGCCACCUCCUACCACACCCAUUGCAGGUUUGGGCUCUCCUAGACCCCAGCAGGGUUCUCCCACGGCCUCUGCUAGUGUGUCUACCUGCUCUUCUUCCUCUACAUCUUAUCCUCAUGUGUCUCACAACCUUCCACCUCCCCCUGCACUUCGUCCUCUUAAUGCCUCCCCUGGACUUUCUCCACAAGUAGGAGAAAAGGCUGGACAACCUCUACCUCCUGCACCAUGUACCCUCCGGUACCCACCUUACCCAAGCCAAUACCCAUCUGGUUAUCCCCACCCCUACCCACCACAAGGCAAAUAUGGACAGCCUCAACCAGGUCCACACCAAACCUGGGCUCAAAGUGGCAUAAAUUACAGUCGAACUGGGGGUGGUCCCCAUUACCCUCAACCACCUCCCCAGAAUGGACAAGUGGGUGGUGGACAAAAUAUUGCUGGCGGAUUCACAGCCUCCCACCAUGGUGGCACCAGGACUCAGUCCCCUCUUAAUAACCACCCUCCACAUCCAAUACCUCCUGCUGGGCAUAUUCAGUCAGCAGGGUCCCAGGGCAGUGUUCUACACACACAUGGAGGGGCUACAACAGCCAGGGGGCAGUCCCCUAACCAUCCCUCAACAAAUCCACAUCAUCCCCACAUCCUGCCAAACAGAGGGCGCUCCCCCACUUCACAGAGUACUCUGCCUCCUAGUAGCACACCUCAAACAGGACACCACCCACCUCAGAUUCAGCCAGGGGGGCUUAUUUCAUCAAAUGCACCCCUUCAAAGCAGCGGUCAGCAUACAGUUGCAGGAGGAGGAAAUGGUGGUGGACAAUCACCUGCACCAACUAACUCUUCCCAUAUUUUACCCCAACCCUCUUCUGGAGGGGGUAAUUUAGGGUUCCCAUCACAGACAGAGAACCAACAGCCCACACAUCCCAUUUAUCAGCCUCAUUCUUCCCCUUCAGUUUGUAACUAUCCCAACAAUUCUCAAGCGUAUAAUACUAACUUCCCUUUCCAAGGCUAUAAGGGGCCACCUCCACCUGCUCCUCCCUACAAAAGUGGGCCUCCACCGCCUUAUAAGGCAGGAUCUUUUCCAACCUCUACCCCACCCCCUCUCCCUGCCCAAAGUUAUAAGGAGACUUCACCUCCAUCCUCUGCACCCCCUCCUGCACCUCCUGCACCUCCUGCACCUCCUCCACCAGCUCCUACAGUGGUGCAAAUAAAACAGGAACCUCCUGAAGAGUGUGAAGGGGAAGGGGAAAGUCCAGUCCCACCAGUCACCAGCCCCUCGCCACCACCAAAGCUUGUGGACACACCAAGUCAUGCCAGCCAGUCUGCCAGGUAAGGAUAUGAGACCAUGACGAUAGUUUAUAGACAAGUUGCAGGAGAGAAAAAAUAAAUGAAAACUUGAAUGGUAAGGAUUACAAGAAUUAGGAAAUUACACAAUAGGCACUACUAUUCUUAAAGCUCAAGUUCAGAGGCUUGGAGGCUUCCAUAGCUAGGAAGACCCUUUGAGCAUACAAUGGGAAACCUGGAGUAAUAAUAGAUCCUUUUGUGUACAUGGGAUGUCUGCUACAACACAUGUGGUUGUUAUGCUACUUUAGAUAAGCACUUAUCUAAUUAAGCACAAAUAUAGUUGUUAUAAUUAAACUUAACUUAUAAUUAAGCACAAAUGUCUAAGGCAGGGGUUGCCAACCCAGUCCUCAAGUACCCCCUACCAGUCCAGGAUUUAGGGAUUACCCUGUUGUGUCAAAAGUGUUUUUUUUUCUUUUCUAAAAACACCUUAAACACAACUGGGUAAUCCCUAAAUUCUGGACUGUUAGGGGGUACUUAAGUCACUUGAGGAAUGGGUUGGGUUGGGAACCACUGGUCUAAGGGGUUGUUAUAUGUAGAGGCUCAGAAUAGCGAAAUUUUUAACUUGUUUCCCCUUCCUCCAAAUCCAUAUUUCCUCUAAUUUAUCUGUUUUGCCCAAUUUUUGUACCACAAGGUUUAACAAGCACCUGGACCGUGGUUAUAACUCCUGUUGCCGGACCGAUCUUUAUUUUGUGCCCCUUGAAGGCUCCAAGCUGUCCAAAAAACGCUCUGAACAAAUAGAAAGAGCACGAAGAGAGAGUGAACAGAGAGCUCGCGAAGAGCGUGACCGGGAACGUGAGAGGGAGCGUGAGCUGGAGAGGAAUGCGGUGAGCGAUUCAAGUCUUCAUGUCAUCCUGGAAUCAAGUGUUUUUUUCUUCUUGAAUGUAGUGACCAUAAGACCUAAUUUGGCCCUGUAUCUUUUUCUCUAUAAAUAUUUUUGAUUAGCACCUAGUUUAUAAAAAGCCCUCACACCACCUGUACUGUAUGACAAGAGUUUUGUGUCUUUCAUCCAGUUAUAUCUGUAUGUCCCUUAGGAUCCACAUUUUAUCUAACAUGUAUCAAUCUAGCUCUUUGCUUAUAUCCAGUACAGUAUCUAUAAUUCAGCAAAGUGGAAAUUUACGGUUCACUAGCAACGCAUUAAAAGAUGCCCUUUGUACCUUAGAGGAGUAUAUGGAGACAGAACUUCUUUCCAUGGCCAACUCCAUGCGCUGGAGCCACCUUCCACCAUUGUUAUACUUCACCCAAAUUUAAAUAUGUUUUUCAAAAAACAUGUAACUUUAUUUAUCUUAAUGACGUUUUCAGAUGCAAACCACCCUUUUCUGGAUUGUUUUUACUAGUCCACCACUAGGUUUCAUCUGGUUAUGGCAUCUAUACUGGUUUUAAACUGUAAUAUAUAUUGUAGAUAGAUAGACAUAUCACUUCAUUAUAUGACACCACAAAUUGGGGAUAACAAGAGUCAGACAAAUAUUAAUAACCUGCUUCCUCCUUUUCAUUUUAGAAAAUGGAGUCUCGCUCUCAUGACUGCCCUCAGCUCUGUCCUCAACAGCCUCCUCAUCACCCCUCCUUAACUAUGCCAUCUCCAUCCUCAGCACCCUCACGGCCUCCUCACUUUGAACCUCCUGGAGCUGUGGCUGCUGUUCCUCCUUAUCUGGGUCCUGAUACUCCUGCCCUUCGCACCCUUAGUGAAUAUGCUCGUCCCCAUGUACUUUCACCAGCUGGACGAGCUCCACAGCCUGGACACCCACCUCACCACCCUUUCUACCUACCCUUAGGAGACCCACUUCUUGCCUAUAACCUUCCUGCUGUGUUUGCAAGUGACCCUUCAAGGGCUGAGCGUGAGCUUAGGGAGAGGCUGAAGCCUGGGUAUGAAGUGAAACCAGGGGAGCUGGAUACCCUUCACCCAUCCUCCCUUCCUCUCCCACCUCCUCCAGCAUCACACCAUCAACCUCCACAACCUCCUCCAUCUGCUGCAGGUGUACCUCCUCAAAUGGGGUUACAUCCUGCUUUCACUUAUCAUCAUGGGCAACAUGCACAUGCUCAUGCCCUAGAAAGAGAGAGGUUGACCUUGGGGGCUGCUGGUGGAGGACCUGGUGGAGCACCUGGAGGACCUGGAGCAGCAGGAGGUGGCCGUGGAGAGCUGUCCUAUGCAGAGCGUCUGGCUGCAGAGCGACAGCAUGCUGAAAGAGUGGCGGCUCUGAGUGGAGAUCCUCUCACAAGACUCCAAAUGCUGAAUGUGACCCCUCAUCAUCACCAGCAUUCACACAUUCACUCCCACUUACACCUACACCAGCAGGAUGCUAUCCAUGCAGGUGAGUGCUGCAGUAGAGUAAAAAGUAGAGUUUGGCAUGGUCAACCAUUUUUUUGGAUUUUUGAACAUAGGGAUCAGGCUCUCAAAAUAUCCUUAGGAGAUUUAUCAAAGUGUCAUGCUCUGAAAAGCAGAGCAAAACUGUAAAGGUGGUUUAAUCAUCAAUGGAAUGUUUCUGCUAAUUCCAUUGGUUUUUUUAUGGUAAUUGGCCCACCUUUCAGAAAAUGACAAUUUAAUAAAUCUCCUUGAGAGCAUCAGUUUGUUUCUGUCUCUCAAACAAACAUUUGCUAUUCAUCCUGCACUGUAGAAAUAUCUGGCACUAUAUAAAUAAAAGAUUAUUUUUGACUCUCCUCUCUCUCCGAUCUAGCCUCUGCUGCUGUGCACCCCCUUAUGGAUCCACUAACUUCAGGAUCCCAUCUCACACGGAUCCCAUAUCCUGCAGCUGGUCUACCAAAUCCCCUGAUUCCCCACCCCUUGCACGACAGUGAUGUGCUACGGCAGCAAAUCUUUGGUGAGCGAGAGAAUCAGGUCAUAUAUAAUGUAUGAAUUACUAUUUCAUAUAGUAUGUAAUCUUUAUUGAGCUUCAAUCAAAAUUAUUGUAUUCCCAAGAGUAAGUGAAUUGCUACCCGGUGACUUAAGCAGUGCUGUAAAUAAUAUAAUCCAGAAUCAGUAUAGUGCUCAUUCAAUAACUCAGUGAUUGUCCCAUGAACAGUUGGAGAACCUCAGAUGUUGUCCUAGAAAGAAUCCAGAAGUUAUCAGUAAAACAUUUGGGGGAUUUUAUACUUUGUUGGUGGAUUAGGUGGAGGUUAGGUGGAUAAUCUGAAAAGUUGGAAGUGAAACAGGCGGAGAAUCUCAGAUCCAUUGGAACAUGUGGACAAGUCCAGAUGUUUUCGGUGGAAUAGGUGGAGAACUCAGAGGUUGUUAAAGGAACAGGAAGAGAAAGUGAGACCUUUUUUGUAGAAUAGGUAGAGAAUUUUAGAGACUGUCGAUAAAACAGGUAGGGAAUGUAACACGUUUUUAGUGGAAUGGGUGGAGAAUAUAAGAGGUCAUCAGUGAAACAGGUGGAGAAUCUAAGAGGUAAUCUAUCAGUGGAACAGGUGAGGAAUCUUUUAUAGUGUAUGGGGAAUUCACUAGAGAUAAUUAGGAAAACAGGUGAAGAACCUCGGAGAUGGUCAGGGAGCAGGUGGAUAAUCUAAAAGGCUGUUCGUGUAUAUCUCAGAAUUUGUUAAUUGCAUGGGCAGAGGAAUUUGCAAGUGCAUUUAAUUGGUGUAUUUGCAGAUUAUCAGAAGUAAAAUGCAUUCUAGGUGCUGCUAUAUAAGGAUUAAUUGAGAUAUCUUGGCAAUAAAAUGUUUUUUUAGAUGUCUUUUCAUACAGUGUUCUAACUUUUUUUUCCACAGAUAUCCAGACUGUAACACUCUGCCCCCCAUUGUAUAUGACAUUUUCUGUAGUGUUCUAAACAGUUGAUAUCUAGUUAUACUGACUGUAAAACAUUCCCCUGGAAUAGGUGAGAUUUUCUGUAAUGUUAUAAACACUUUAUUUACAGGUAUCCAGACAGUUAAACACUCCACUUGUUUUAUAUGUAAUUUUUCUGUUGGAUUAUAAAUGGUUUAUUUACAGAUAUCCAGACACUAAAAAACUCCCCUGGUUUAGAUGACAGUUUCUGCAGUGUUAUAAAUGGUUUAUUUAUAUUGUUCCCUGGGUUCAGCGCAUAACAGAAUGGAGGGGGCCCGCCAUCCGGUCACAAGGCACUGUCAGUCAACUGCAGCGAGAGGUAAAUUAAGUGUGGGUGCACGGGCUGGGCGGCCCAGGCCCCUGUCUAACCCCCUGGCCCCUAGGCGACCAUUUUACAUCUCCUUCUGGUUAAUCUGGCUAUUAUAGAGAGAGAGGCUGUAUCUAGCUGUAGGAGGGGCUAUAAUGAUGGGCUAUACAAAGCAAUAGGGGGCUAUAAUGAUAGCUUACAUAUGGUGUAAUAGAAGGGGCUAUAAAAAGGGCUAUAUGUAGCAGAAGGAAUGACUAAACUAGUUACAUGACCACAUAAAAUGUCACUAUAGCCCUUCCUACUGGAGUACUAGGAAGGGUUUUAGAGACGGGUUAUGGGGAACAAUAGGAGGAGUUAUAGUGAUGUGUAAUGUGGGGCAGUAGGAGGGGCUAAAUUGUUGCGUUAUGUUGAAUAGUGGGAACGGGUACAGUAAUACAUUAUACGGAGCAGUAAGUGAGGUUAUAGUGAUACAUUAUAUGGAGCAGUAAGUGGGGUUAUAGUGAUACAUUAUACGGAGCAGUAAGUGAGGUUAUAGUGAUACAUUAUAUGGAGCAGUAAGUGAGGUUAUAGUGAUACAUUAUAUGGAGCAGUAAGUGGGGUUAUAGUGAUACAUUAUAUGGAGCAGUAAGUGAGGUUAUAGUGAUACAUUAUAUGGAGCAGUAAGUGAGGUUAUAGUAAUACAUUAUACGGAGCAGUAAGUGGGGUUAUAGUGAUACAUUAUACGGAGCAGUAAGUGAGGUUAUAGUAAUACAUUAUACGGAGCAGUAAGUGAGGUUAUAGUGAUACAUUAUAUGGAGCAGUAAGUGGGGUUAUAGUGAUACAUUAUACGGAGCAGUAAGUGAGGUUAUAGUAAUACAUUAUACGGAGCAGUAAGUGAGGUUAUAGUGAUACAUUAUAUGGAGCAGUAAGUGGGGUUAUAGUGAUACAUUAUAUGGAGCAGUAAGUGAGGUUAUAGUAAUACAUUAUACGGAGCAGUAAGUGAGGUUAUAGUGAUACAUUAUAUGGAGCAGUAAGUGGGGUUAUAGUGAUACAUUAUAUGGAGCAGUAAGUGAGGUUAUAGUAAUACAUUAUACGGAGCAGUAAGUGAAUAGUGAUACAUUAUAUGGAGCAGUAAGUGGGGUUAUAGUGAUACAUUAUACGGAGCAGUAAGUGGGGUUAUAGUGAUACAUUAUACGGAGCAGUAAGUGGGGUUAUAGUGAUACAUUAUAUGGAGCAGUAAGUGAGGUUAUAGUGAUACAUUAUACGGAGCAGUAAGUGAGGUUACAGUGAUACAUUAUAUGGAGCAGUAAGUGGGGUUAUAGUGAUACAUUAUACGGAGCAGUAAGUGGGGUUAUAGUGAUACAUUAUACGGAGCAGUAAGUGAGGUUAUAGUGAUACAUUAUAUGGAGCAGUAAGUGGGGUUAUAGUGAUACAUUAUAUGGAGCAGUAAGUGGGGUUAUAGUGAUACAUUAUACGGAGCAGUAAGUGGGGUUAUAGUGAUACAUUAUACGGAGCAGUAAGUGGGGUUAUAGUGAUACAUUAUACGGAGCAGUAAGUGGGGUUAUAGUGAUACAUUAUACGGAGCAGUAAGUGGGGUUAUAGUGAUACAUUGCGGCACGGAGUGUAAGUAAGUAUAGUGAUACAUUAUGUAAUGAGCAGUAAGGGUUAUAGUGAUACAUUAUACGGAGCAGUAAGUGGGGUUAUAGUGAUACAUUAUACGGAGCAGUAAGUGAGGUUAUAGUGAUACAUUAUAUGGAGCAGUAAGUGAGGUUAUAGUGAUACAUUAUAUGGAGCAGUAAGUGGGGUUAUAGUGAUACAUUAUACGGAGCAGUAAGUGAGGUUAUAGUGAUACAUUAUAUGGAGCAGUAAGUGAGGUUAUAGUGAUACAUUAUACGGAGCAGUAAGUGGGGUUAUAGUAAUACAUUAUACGGAGCAGUAAGUGAGGUUAUAGUGAUACAUUAUACGGAGCAGUAAGUGGGGUUAUAGUGAUACAUUAUACGGAGCAGUAAGUGAGGUUAUAGUGAUACAUUAUAUGAAGCAGUAAGUGGGGUUAUAGUGAUACAUUAUAUGAAGCAGUAAGUGGGGUUAUAGUAAUACAUUAUACGGAGCAGUAAGUGGGGUUACAGUGAUACAUUAUACGGAGCAGUAAGUGAGGUUAUAGUGAUACAUUAUACGGAGCAGUAAGUGGGGUUAUAGUGAUACAUUAUACGGAGCAGUAAGUGAGGUUAUAGUGAUACAUUACACGGAGCAGUAAGUGGGGUUAUAGUGAUACAUUAUAUGGAGCAGUAAGUGGGGUUAUAGGGAGCAGUAAGUAUUAUAGUGAUACAUUAUACGGAGCAGUAAGUGGGGUUAUAGUGAUACAUUAUACGGAGCAGUAAGUGAGGGUUAUAGUGAUACAUUAUACGGAGCAGUAAGUGAGGUUAUAGUGAUACAUUAUACGGAGCAGUAAGUGAGGUUAUAGUGAUACAUUAUACGGAGCAGUAAGUGGUGGGGUUAUAGUGAUACAUUAUACGGAGCAGUAAGUGAGGUUAUAGUGAUACAUUAUACGGAGCAGUAAGUGGGGUUAUAGUGAUACAUUAUACGGAGCAGUAAGUGGGGUUAUAGUGAUACAUUAUAUGGAGCAGUAAGUGGGGUUAUAGUGAUACAUUAUAUGGAGCAGUAAGUGAGGUUAUAGUGAUACAUUAUACGGAGCAGUAAGUGAGGUUAUAGUGAUACAUUAUAUGGAGCAAUAGGAGGGGCUAUAGUGACAUCUUAUGUGGAGCAGAAGGAGGAGUUAUAGCGAUGCCUUGUGUGAAGUAGUAAUAAACGUAUGUGGAUAUUAUAUUCACUAAGCAUUAGAGAGCAACUGAAGGAUUGUGUAUUCUAAAUGAUUGUACUUAUGAGUGCAUCUCUCUCUCAGCCUCUCCUUACAGGGACCUCCCAAGCUCCUUGUCUGCUCCCCUCUCUGCCGCUCACCAGCUGCAAGCGAUGCAUGCGCAGUCAGCAGAACUACAGCGCCUUGCCCUGGAGCAACAGCACUGGUUACAGACGCACCACCCCUUGCAGGGAGUCCCUCUCCCCGGGCAAGAAGAUUACUACAGGUGAGGCUCCUCCUCGGGCCUAUCAAUGACCUUGUAAGCGGCACUGUCAUUAUUUUUUCUUUCAGAUUUCUUUUUUUUUUACAUCCUUGUAUCUUAAUGAUUGUAAUUCCCUUGAGGUCACCUUUAUUUUGAACUAUUUGUUUUUUGCACUGGAUCUCGAUGCCUGGGUGACUCUAUUCUGUUGUCCUCUAUUCAUGAUAUCUGCAGUUUGACCUACUGUGCAUAUCUCCCCAGUGUCCCAAUUUAGCAGUCUCUAUUUUGAGCCCAAAUUCCCUGUCCAUCUUUUCUAACAUAUUAUUGGUGUGUCUGAGUGUAUUACAGAGCUCCACAGCAAUAUUACUCCCAGUAAUGUGUUUUAAAACAUACUGAUUUUUUGACUCAUUUAUUUUAGUUGAACAACACAUUACUGGGAGUGUUAUUGCUGUUUUAUGUAUGUCCCUAUUAUAGAAAAAAUGGACAUAGGAAAGAAAAGAGGGACAGAGGGAUUUGGGGCCAAAAUAUGGAGACUUGGGAGGUAUAGGUAUGUUUGAUGGGAUACAUUUGAUAAAUGGAUUGAAAUAAUGCUUUACGUAAAGGAAAACUGUCACCUUUCAUCAAAAUUUUAAAAAUACAUAGAUUUUGUAAAUGAAGUAUAUGUAAACAAAAUGAUGAAAACUAAUCCAUAAGAAAAUAUUCCCUAUUUAUCUGAAUUAUAAAUAAAGCUAAGUUGAAUUAAAAUAAUAAUUAAUAUAUAAAUAAAUCCUGCACAGUAGCAGAACAUAAUUAACCCUGUCAUGCCUGUGUCUAUAUAAACCAAUUUCUUUUUUUUUUAUUGCAGUCAUUUGAAGAAGGAAACAGAUAAAACUCUGUAA